AUCAGUGGACUUCAAAAGGCCCCACGCAACAAGCCUAACCACCAUAACCCUCCAUUACAAAACCAUAAACUGGACAAACUUCGUUCAUAUUGUAAGCCAUUUUCAAACAUGUCAAAAUCAAGAACCUCUGUUUUCUUCUUUCUCUUUCUCUUCUCACUUUCAGUUCAAUCACUUCCCCCAUCUCCAGACAUAAUCGCCCUUCAAGCACUUAAAUCCGCCAUUAAACCUUCUUCUAUCCCUUCAUAUUCAUGUUUAAGUUCUUGGAAUUUCACAACUGACCCAUGUUCUGUUCCUCGUGUAACCCAUUUCACUUGUGGCCUUUCUUGUAGUUCUGGUAACAGAGUAACCGAACUCACACUUGACCCGGCUGGUUAUUCAGGUACUUUAACUCCAUUAAUCUCUAAACUAACCCAACUCGUUACUCUUGAUCUACAAAACAACAAUUUUUAUGGCCCAAUUCCUUCUUCUUUAUCUUCUCUACCCAAUCUAAAAAACCUUAUUCUUCGACUUAAUUCAUUUUCUGGGUCGGUCCCACCAUCACUCACUUCGUUAAAAUCUCUUCUUUCACUUGAUCUUUCACAUAAUUUAAUUUCUGGGUUACCAAACUCGAUGAAUGAGUUAACUAGUUUGAGAAGACUUGAUCUUAGUUACAAUAAGUUAACUGGUUCACUUCCAAAAUUACCUCCAAAUCUACUAGAACUUGCAGUUAAAGCUAAUUCUUUAUCUGGGUCUUUGUUGAAGUCCUCUUUUUACGGGUUAAAUCAGUUAGAAGUUGUUGAGCUCAGUGAAAAUCUCUUAACUGGAAAAAUUGAACCUUGGUUCUUUCAGUUACCUGCGUUACAACAAGUUGACAUGGCGAAUAACAGCUUUACACUUGUCGAGAUCUCAAGGGCUGUUAAUCCAAACAGUGACCUCGUAGCCGUUGAUUUGGGUUUCAACAAAAUUGAAGGUUAUUUGCCAGUAAAUUUCGCGGUUUUUCCAAGAUUGUCAUCAUUGUCAUUAAGGUAUAACAAGUUUCGUGGACCAAUACCGUGGCAAUAUAGUAAAAAGGUGACAUUGAAGAGACUGUUUCUUGACGGAAAUUACUUAAACGGGUCACCGCCGGCAGGUUUUUUUGGACGACAAGCGUCAGUUAUUGGAAGUUUAGGGGACAAUUGUUUACAAAAAUGUCCGAUUUCUUCGCAACUUUGCUUGAAAUCACAGAAACCUACGUCAAUUUGCCAGCAAGCUUAUGGUGGGAAGAAACCAAAGUCUUAGUUGUGUCAGUCAAUGUUUCUGGGACUUCUUUUUGGUCUUGGUUUUCAUAUUGUAUUAGGAGUAUUAUAUUCUUUAGAUAAGAAAAAUCCCAAUAUAAUAUUUUGCUCAUCUGAAUUAUGCUUCUUUGUAUAGAGUAUAGUACCAUGAUUAUAGUAGAAAAUUAUUGAUAUUAUAUUAUUAUAAUACCAAAUUAAUGUGUGAAACUAUGAACUUACUAGUCUAGGGACAUUGUGGUAGAGCAUGGACCAGAAACUAAACAUAGAAAUGUGACACUAUGUCAGAUAGUAGAGAGUAUAUUUGAAUAAUUUGACAGAAAAUUUGAUUUGA